AUGGAUAUAGAAUAUGGAGGAGCUAGAGAUUUUGAAAAAUAUAUUUGUAACAAGGAAGAGAAGAUUCCUCUAUCUUAUAAUAAAAAAUAUAUUGCCGAAAUAGAAGAGAGUCAGGAGAAAUGUAAGAAUGAUUCAUUAUUAUUUAUGAAUUGUAAUUUUUAUAUUGAUGAUUUUGUAAGUUUUUUCUCUAUAUGUAAUACAUUAGACAAUACUAAUACCCAAACGAAAUGUAUAUAUGAGAAUGAAAAAAAUUCAGUGCAACAUUCAAAUGAAUUAAACAAUAAUAUGAAUAACAAUAGUAUUAAUAAAACAACGUUAGGUAAGUUAAAUAUGGAAAAUAAGAUGGAAAAUAAUUAUACUUUUAUUAAUGAAAAUAAUAAUUAUUAUAAUAAUUAUAAUAAUUAUAAUAUAAAUAAAAUACAUAACAAUUCUGCUUUUGAAUAUCAAGAUAUGGAUAGAACACCCAUGAAAAAUCACAUAGAUAAUAAUAAUAAUAAUUAUGAUGAUGUUAAUACUUAUUUGUAUGAUAAUUAUCUAGAAAGCCAAUUUAAUCAAACGAUAAGAAAUCGAUACAAUUAUACUCCCAAUGAUCAAAUAAGUACUUGCGCAAAAAGUUUUAAUACAUGUAUAAAAACUUAUGAAGAACAAUCUUCUUCAAGUUCUAAAAAGAAUGUAUAUAAUUCUUAUAUUAACAAAAAAGAGAAUCUUGAAAUAUUAAUAGUUCAAAAUGGUGGUGUAAUACAUAAUACUUUGACCAACAAAGUAACCCACAUUAUUAGUAAUAAUAUGGCAUUAGGUUCUAAGAAAUAUAUGGAUUAUAAAAAAGCCAUAAAAAAAUCUAAAGUCUUCAUAGUUAUAGAUAAAUAUAUUUUUGAUUGUGUAAACAUGAAAUGUCGUUUACCUGAACAAUCAUAUUUGCCUUCCAUGUUACGUUACAACUGUCAUCAAAUAACCGAAUAUUUUUCCUUAAAAAAAAAAGAUAAGGAAAAGAACAACAAAAUGCAAAAAAAAAAAAAUUAUGAUCAAAUAUUUUUGAACGAACAUAAUAAAGAAGGGGAACAAAAUAAUGUAAACAUUUUAGAUGUCUCAAAAUGUGAUAAACAAUUAAAUGAUUAUUAUAUGGAGAAAAAUAUAAAUACAUGUGAUAAUAAGACAAAAGUUAAUAAUAAUUUAAAUACAACUGAUAUGUAUGGAACAAAAGAUGACAAUAAUUUAUUAGUACAAAAAGGUAUGUGGAACGAUGACAAUUUGAAUUAUAUAAAGGAACAAAAGCUUACUGAAGAAAAUAAUAAUAAAGAAAAAAAAGAAAACAUUACUAAUAAUAAUAAUAAUAAUAAUAAUAAUAAUAAUAUGAAUAAACACCUAGAAAUAUUAAAUAUGAAUAUGGAUUAUGAAAAUGUAAAAAAAUUUAUAAUAUGCAAUUCGAAUGAAUAUUUCAAAAGGUUACAAGAAUAUUAUUUGGAAAAAGAGUUAAAAGAAAAUAUAUAUAUUAACGUUUCAUCAAAUUUAUAUUUAAAUAAAAAUACAUUUGAGGAUUUUUCUAGAAAAUACAGAAUAUUAAAUUAUUUAAGUGAUGAAGAAAUUAAAUGGUUAAAAUGUCAAAGUGAAUUAAAUAUAAAUAUAAAAAACCUUUGGGAAAAUGAUAUAAUUCAUUUUUUCUUUGACUUAGUUUUAAGAAAAAAAGAACAAUUCAACAAUAAUACUAUUGCUAAUAAUAAUAAUAAUAAUAAUAAUAAUAUAGGUGAUAAUAAUAAUAGUAAUAUUGAUAAUAAUAAUAAUAAUAAUACACAAUCAUGUAUAGAUACAAAUAAAUCAAACAGUUAUAUAUCUGAAAAAUUAAUAGACAGUAUUAGCGCUUAUCUAUACAAUUCUCGAUUAUACAUUUUGGGUAACUGGAAUUAUAUAUCUAAAGAAUUAUUUAAUUUUGAUGAUAUAAAAGAAUAUGAUGAGAAGGGUUCCAAAAAAUUCGUUUACUUAUAUAUCGAUUUUGACAAUUACUUUUUAAAUGCAAGUAUAAGUAAUAAAAUGUGUAUGUAUGAGAAAAAGAAGUUGAUGAAAAAUGAAAUAUUUUGUGUAUGUCAUAGUUUAAAAAAGGAAGAUAGUUAUGGUAUUAUUAGUUCAACAAAUUAUUGGGGAAAAAAAAAUAAAAUACUUAAAGGUAUGGUUAAAGGGGAAGCUACAAAAAUGCAUAAGAAUAUAAAUUUUGUAAAAUAUGAUUUUAGUAAUAUAUUAAAAUGUAGUUAUUUAUUUUUAUUAGUAUUAAUAAAUUAUUCAAAAAAUGUUCGUGUAUUAUCAGUAGAUGAAUCAAUACUUCAACUUUUUUAUGAAAAAGAACAAGACAUUUUUAUAAUAUCUAAAAAAAUUUCUAAUGAUAUAUAUAGACUAACCAAUUUAAGUGUGUCCAUAGGAAUUUCUCAUGAUUUAAGUACAUCAAGAAAAGCUUUAAAGUUUUGUAAAAAGCGUUUUAUGUUUUUUGAUUUUUAUCAUCAUUUUAAUAUUUUUAUAAAGAAGUAUAUUAGUUUAAAAAAUAAGGAGACUAACAUGAAUGCAGAAGGUUCCAAUGAUAAUAUUAUGAAAAGUAAUAAUAUAUCAAAUGGUAAUAUUAAUAAUACAAAUAAUAUAUCAAAUGAUAAUAUUAAUAAUACAAACACAAAUAAUACUAAUAAUACGGGUGAUUAUGCACUCAAAUGGAUGAGUGACAAUUUACUUAAGGAUUUAUUUAAGGAAUAUCUUUCCUUUGAAGAAAAAAGGAAAAGUAAAUUAAAUUAUAAUGUAAAUAAUAAAGAUAUAUAUAAUAUUAAUACAGAUAAUAUAUAUUUUAUGAAUCUUAUAAAAGGAAAGAGAGAAGAAGAAGUUGAAUAUAUUUAUAAUAAAUUCCUUGAAAUGAAUAAAGAAAAUAUUGAAGAUAUUGUAAAUACAUAUUUUGAAGAAGUAACUCAUCCAAUAAGUAAAUAUUUUUUUUUUUAUAAACCAAAUGGAUAUUAUUUUAAUAUUUUAAAAAAUAUAAAUUAUUUGAAUGGAUAUUUUAUUUCAUUUAAUAUGUAUUAUCUUCCACAUAUUGAAAAUAAUAAUAAUAAUAGUAAUAAUAAUAAUAAUAAUAGUAAUAAUAGUAAUAAUAGUAAUAAUAGUAAUAAUAAUAAUAAUAAUAGUAAUAAUAAUAAUAAUUGGUUAAAUAACAAAAUGGAUAGAAAUAUAAAUAAAAAAGAAUUAGAAAACAACGAUGAAAAGAAAAGUAUUAAUAUUAGUGUCAAUUAUGGUGUGAGAUUUAAUAAAAUAAAUGACUUUUAUUAUCUCAUAUAUUUCAUGACCAAACAGUUGUAUUUACGUUUAAAAAUAAAGAAUUUGAAAGCUAAACUUUUAAAUGUAAACUUUUUUAUGAAAGCUGAAAAUGAAAAUGUAAAUCCUAUGAAAUAUCUUGGUAGAGGAAGAGUUAUUAGAAUAAGUAGUAAAAUUAAAUUAAAUCAACAUACCAAUUGUUUUUUUGUAUUUUUUUUUAAAGUUAUACAUAUAUUUGAUUUCUUAGCAAAUAAUUUAAGUGAUUUAAGAGGCGUCCAAAUUAUUUGUUCAGAUACUAUUAAUGAAAACAAAACGUAUGUUAAUAAAAAAAGUAUUUUAUAUUAUUUCUACGUAAGUGAAGAAAAAAAUAUUAAAAACAAGAAAAAAUGUACAUAUGUGUCAAGUUGGAAAGAUGACAAUUUUUUAGAAAUACCACAAAAAGGAAAUGACAAUGAUCAGGUUGAAGAAAAAAAUGUAAGAGAUCUACACAAAAUAAAUGAAAAUAAAAUAGACCUGCAUAAAAUAAUGUUAUCACCACAACAGAAAAAUAAAAUAAAAAAAAAAGAAAUAAAUGGAAAUGUAUCAAAAAAUAAUAUAAAUGGUUCAAGUAUAUUAAGUUAUAUAAAAGAUAAAAAUAAAGGCACUAACAUAUUAAGAACUCAAAUUAAUUGGACACAUAAUAAUAAUAAAAAAGAAAUUUAUAAAACUGUAAGAAAAGGAACAAGUACAAGAAGAAAAAUAAAAAACAAAAUAAAUACACAUAUAUGUUAUGAUAAAAAUGCAAAGAAUAAUAAAUCAUAUGAGUAUGGAUAUAAACAAAAUAUUCUAAAUUAUUUUGUAAAUAAUAAUCAUAAUAGUAAUAAUAUAAGUCAGAAUCAAAUAAAUAAGAAGGAAAAUAAUUAUCAAAAUAAUCAAAAUAAUCAAAAUAAUCAAAAUGUUUCUUUAUCUUCUUCAUCAAAAACUAUAAAUAAAGAUUUAAAAAGAAAAUGUAACAUUCUAACAAAUAAAGCUAAUUUUUUAAAUAUUAGAAAAAAGAUAAAAAUUUCGAAGAAUCAUAAAAUAUCCGACUUUUUUCCAAGUAUAUUAAAAAAAAAUAUAUAUAUAAGAAAUAAUAAAAAUAUAUAUGAUGAUGAAAUAAAAACAUAUUCUAAUGGAAAUAUUAUAAUGCAUACUAAUAUAUUCGACAGUAUUAUUAAUAAGAAAAUAAAAAAAGAAAAUGAUGAAGAAAAAGAAGAAAAUGAAUUAUAUGAUGAUAAUAACUGUGAUAAAAAUUAUAACAUGAAAAAAGAAAAAUACACAUGUUGUUAUGUCUGUUAUAAAGAAAUAAUACAAUGUCUAUUAAAUAAGGAAAAUUUAUUUCAAGAAAAUCAUAAUUGUACUGAUUUAUGUACAAAUGAUAUAUUUUGUUUUACAUAUAUUAGUAAUAACUUAUUUUUAUUCAAUCAAAAAAAUGAAAAAUUAAAUUUAUAUUUAUAUAUAAAAAAAAUUAUCAAUUCAUAUAGAUCAUAUUUUAAUAACAAAUUCAAUGAACAUGAUUGUCUUUGUGAUAAUAUUUUAAAAAAAAAUGAAGAAAAUAUAUAUUACUUAAAUAAGUUUAUAGUAAACGUUAUAGAUGAUAUAUGUGAAAUAUUGCAUAAAAAAAGAUAUAUUGAUGUUUUACAAAAUUUUCUAAAGAAUUUUAAGUAUGUUUGGUCUUUAAAUAAUCAACUAUUUCCGGACAUCUUUCAACGAAUAUUAAUCAAAUACAAUAUAAAUCAUAUGACAACCUAA